AACAUGUUUCCUCCUUCAUUCGGCGUCUGAGUUUCCUCCUUCUUGCCACGAUGUUUUUCAUAAUCAAGGGCAUAAGGAGCCUGAUCAAAGCUUUCUGCGGUGGUUCAUCGCAGCAAGAACCUAGCCAACAGCAGCAACAACAACAAUGGCAUCCGCAACAACAGCAGCCUCAGUAUCCUACUGUGCAGCAACCAACUCCUGUCUAUCCUCCCACUCAGCCUCUUAGCCAACAGCCUCAUCCUAAGCCAACCCGUCCUCAACAGCAUCCGAGCCCUUAUCCUCAUUCCCCGCGCCCGGAUCCAAACCAAGCUAAUCAGCAUGAUCCACAUUACACGGACCUUCGGAAACGAGCUAACGAGGAGGGAGAUGCCAUGGCUCAGUGUUUCCAGGAAAGCCACGAUGCAUAUGCUCGUGGUGACGGUGCAGGAGCAAAAGAUCUUUCGAAUCAGGGCAAAGACCAUCAGCGGAAGAUGGAACAGCUGAACAAACAGGCUAGCGACUGGAUCUAUCUCGAAAAUAACAAGGAUAGCAAACCCGGGGAAAUUGAUUUGCAUGGACUCUACGUCAAGGAAGCUAUUGAACGCACUGACAAUGCUAUUCAAGACGCCAAACGUCGAGGUGACACUGAAGUCCAUCUGAUUGUCGGCAAAGGUCUUCAUUCUUCGGGUGGAGUUGCAAAAAUCAAGCCUGCAAUCGAGGAAUUGAUGCAAAAACAUCAGCUUGUUGCAGAACUGGACCCGAACAACGCUGGUGUUCUGCUAGUCCAGCUUGGUGGACAUAGGGACAGAGCUGUCGGGCCAGACGAAAUUGCUCGCCGCUUAAACCGUGACGAAGAAGGAUGUAUUGUCAUGUAGGUUCAUCGGGGUUACAUGUAGCCUUAGUCCUUUUAGGACACAGAUGAAUAUCAUCUUGUAAACUUGUAAACAACCAUAACUUCUUGUACUUCUAA